AUGGCUUCCCAUUCGAAGCUAGACACCGGCUGGAGCUCGACCGAUACUCGAAUCUACUACACGAAAAAGUACAGACAGGUUCUCUCGUCCGCUCCCGCAUGCGCCUUGGCCGUGGUGGCAGGGGCUCCUCUUGAAAAUGUCAAAGUUCGAAUGCAAUCGCGUCAUUUUGCCAAUGCGCUGGAAGCCACCAAAUACACAUACCGAACCGAAGGCAUUCGUGGAUUCUGGGCUGGCACAUUCAAUCCCUUGGUCUCCAUCACCUUCUCACGCGCCCUCGGAUUCUCCAUCUAUCGGAAAGCAAAGUACACAUUUGACGGCUGGAUCGAGGCGGCCACCGGUCGAUCUCCUCUCCAACACGUCAACAAGCCUGGCACUUAUCCGGACAUCUACACCAUGACAUGCUUUACUGGAGCGGGAAUGGUCUCGGGUGCCGUCACCGCCGUCGCUUUGACUCCGGUCGAACUCAUCAAGAAUGCCACGCAAACAUCCGUCCUCAUGGCCUCUCAGACUGAUCACACCUCGGCAUCUCCAACGCCAGCUGGCCCCAAAAACGUCGGCCGUGUCAGUUCCUGGACGUCCAUGAAGCGAAUCAUCGCCCGACAGGGUCCUCUGGGUCUCUGGACCGGGUUUCGCUUACAUUUGGUUCGGGAUGUCAUCGGCAGCGGCAUCUACUUCGGGGUCUAUGAGACCACGAAGCAAUCACUCAACUCGUACUACGGGGCUGAGAAGGCCAAUUCUGCGGGCGCGAUUGCGAUGGCAGGAGCUAUUUGUGGUAUUGGCGCUUGGGUUGUGACUUACCCGCUGGACACGAUGAAGACCCGCGCGCAAAACAACCUCGUGAGCUCUUCGCAUCCUUCUUCCACGCCCAGUCAGGGCCUCGGUGCCGCCAUGGGGUCCGCCGCCAAAUCCGCCAUCCACCGCGUCCCCAGCAAAUGGAAGGGGGUUGAAAUGAUCAUCCUGCGUUCGUCGCUUCAAAACAUGAUCCAGAUGUCGUUUUUCGAGCAGGCGAAGGUGUGGAUUGACAAGCUGGAGUUCUCCGAUGGCAGCAGCACGCUGCCGGAGGUAGAGAGACAUUUUGGAAGGGACAGCAAGAUUGUCCACAAGAAUGACAAGUUGUGA